GGCUCCGCUUGCUGUUUUUCCUACUCCCUGGCUUCUCCUUCCUCUCGCUCUUCGCGAAGAUGCAGCUCAAACCGAUGGAGAUUAACCCCGAGAUGCUGAACAAAGUGCUGACCAGGCUGGGGGUCGCCGGCCAGUGGCGCUUCGUGGACGUGCUGGGGCUGGAGGAGGAGACUCUGGGCUCGGUGCCAGCGCCUGCCUGCGCCUUGCUGCUGCUGUUUCCCCUCACGGCCCAGCAUGAGAACUUCAGGAAAAAACAGAUUGAAGAACUGAAGGGACAAGAAGUCAGUCCUAAGGUGUACUUCAUGAAGCAGACCAUUGGGAACUCCUGCGGCACCAUCGGACUUAUCCACGCCGUGGCCAAUAACCAGGACAAACUGGAGUUUGAGGAUGGAUCGGUCCUGAAACAAUUUCUUUCUGAAACGGAGAAGUUAUCCCCUGAAGACAGAGCCAAAUGCUUUGAAAAGAAUGAGGCCAUUCAGGCAGCCCAUGAUGCUGUGGCACAGGAAGGCCAAUGUCGGGUAGAUGACAAAGUGAACUUUCAUUUUAUUCUGUUUAACAACGUGGAUGGCCACCUCUAUGAACUUGAUGGGCGGAUGCCUUUCCCGGUGAACCAUGGCACCAGUUCAGAGGACCUGCUGCUGCAGGACGCCGCCAAGGUCUGCAGAGAAUUCACUGAGCGUGAGCAAGGCGAAGUCCGCUUUUCUGCUGUGGCGCUCUGCAAGGCAGCCUAAUGCCCUGUAAGAGGGACUUGGCUUUUUUCCUCUCUCCCCUUCAACGUGAAAUAUAUCCUGACCGAUGCAGUCUAAGAUGCUUCCCUACUUGUAGAACACAGCUGUUCUCCUUUGGUUCUGCAGGCCUGCUCCUCCCCUCCGCCACACCCAAGCACUAGCAGAGCUCAGCUGUCGAUCGAGCAAAGUUUGGUGUAAGCUUCAGGUGGCGAAGCAUUUCCCCCAGUGUAUGUCUUGUAUCUCAAUAUCUAAUGCUUUAAAUGGCUACUUUGGUUUGUGUCUGUAAGUUAAGGCCUUGGAUGUGGUUUAAUUGUUUGUCCUUAAAAGGAAUAAAACUUUUCUGCUGAUAAGAAA